AUGAAACAUCCCAGUCCCUCAAACAGAACUUCUAAGAUUAGCACCAAGUACUCAAUUGACCAGAAGGUGCUUACUAAUAGUAAUUUCAAAUCUCCAAUGAAUACUAAUCAUGUAUCAUUUGAGAAUUCUCCAAGAGACUACAGAGGGUAGCCAAGCACAAAUAUAAGUUAUGCAGAUGAGGAUUACCAAAGGAAACCAAAAUAACAACGUAUGAGCUCUGAAAAUAACCGGGCAAAAACUUAGCUCAAGACUAUUUAAGCUAGUGAACAGCCUAAUAUAAAUAAAGCUGCUUAACUUGAGUACAAUACAAUGACCCAGUUUAUUAAGAAUAAAUAAAUUCACAGUUUAAACACUAGUAUUGAGAUAGGAGCUAGGACAUUAAGAAAUGAUUCGGUCCAAAGCUCAUAUAAAAAUUAAGACUCAAUGAUCUUACCACCAAAUAAAGACUACAAGCAGGAAUACUAGAAGAAUAUAGAGUCAAUAGUCUAUAAGUAUAGCUAUCAGGGUGGCAAACGAAAUUCUUCUGUUGAUGUAGAUACUAUCAUUCAAGCCCAAAGACAAAGAAAGAGAGAUGCACUCACUAAUAAUAAUGCUGGACAAAUCCUCUAAGAAUCUAUGAGACUUAAUUAUGAUAAAUUUAACAAUGAAAUGGACACUCUCUUGCAUGAUUCAACCAAGAAAAGUCUAAGACCUUCAGCAGUCUAAAAUAAUUUGGUUCUCCCAAGUAUCUCCCCAUUUUAUCCAAAUUAACUGGGAUCACCAUCGAAUAAAAAAUCUCUUAUUUUUAAGGCUCAAAACUUUGAAGAAAAUGGCUCUUUAGACAUUUCUACAAAAGAACUAGACCCGCAGCUGCUAGGACAAUUUAAAGCUUUGAAAAAUCAUGAUCUUGAUAGAUUCAAAGCACUUCAAAAAAAGCAGUUGGAAUUUAAUAUUGAUGAUCUAAGAUUGAGUGAAGAUGAAAAGGAAGUUCAGGACGAGGAGUUUUAUGAAACACAGUCAUUUGUCAAUGAGAUUCAAGAGGAGAUAAUGGCCAUUGAGAAUGACAUUAACAAUGAGCAUGAGAAGUAAUCUAAUUUGGAUAAAGUUUAAGACACUUUCCAGAGAAUGAAGGAGUUUUGCAUUCAGUAAUUGAAUUACUCUUAUAGAGAUGCUAACUCACACAUUGAGAAGCUUCUUAAAAAGAGCGAAACAGAAGUCUCUCCACUUUUGAAAUUUUACAAUGAACUGGCUAAAAAUACCAGAUUUAGAAUGCCUUUGAAAAGCUUAUUGGAGUUUGAUGCCAAAAUGUUUCAAAGGCAUCUUUAAAAAUUCAAAAAAGCUCAUGCAGUUGAAGUUAGAUGGAUUAAGAAAUCUUCAAAAGAAAAAGCUGAGGAGAUGCUCAGAAAGGAUUAUGAGAGAACAUAGAAAAUUUUGAAAGAUGAGCUAACUAUAAUAGUAGACUAAUUUAAUGAACUAAAGCUUACCCUCCAUGAUACUGAGGAUGAAUUAAAGAGAGCUUAUGACACAAUUAACAAACAGGAGAUUUCAAUUAUGGAGUUAAGAGAGUAUGCUACUCAUACAGACUAAGUGAUGAGCAAUGAUGAUAAUUUCUUAGGCGAGUUAAAUAUGGGUCCAGGUGAAAAUGGUGGUAAAGUUACUGACUAAAUUAAUAAGCUGAGAGAAAGACAGAUGAUGAUUGGAGUUGGAACAGCGAGGCCAAUUCACAAAGAACAACUAUUGGACAAACCCUUUGGAUUCUACUCGACUUAUUUAUAUUUGUCAUAGCCUGAAAAGGAAACCAUUAUGGAGCAUGAGUUGGUAGAGUAUUACAAAUCAAUCUCAGUCGACUUUGAAGAUUAAGUCCAGCUUAAAAUGAAUGAAAUCGAGGCAUAAAACGUGGCUAUGGAAUAAUUGGUUCAAGCCGAGAAGCAUUUGUAGAAGAAAAUUGAAAAGCUUAAUAACCAUAUUGAGAGACUUAAUGAAAUGCAUGAGAGAGAAAUGAGCAGGUCAACUACUUCUUAUCAAGAGAUCAUUUAUAAUUAGCAGAGAUAGAUUAAAGUUAUGGAUACUGAGAUUGAUAAUCUAAAGAAGAUGUUCGGUGCUGAGGUUACCAUCUAAGAAAAGGUCAUUUAAAAGCUUUUGAAAGUUAAACAAGAAAAUGAAGAUAUGAUUGGGACACUUACUUUGACUCUGAGAAUCCCAAGACUAUAUCACAAAUUCAUUGAUACUAUGGGAAUUCAUGAGUUCGUAUAGAGAUGCAUGGAUAUUGAGCAGAAGGAAGAUCUGAAGAAAUACCAAAAUGAGGAAGGCAAAAGAAGAAUGAAGGAACGCCAGGAAUAAAGUCUCCAGAAGUAUGUGCAAAAGAUGGUCAGAGAUAGCUAUAGUAAAGCUAACUCUAUGAUAAGAGACCCUAAGACAAAGCAGUUUAAACCUGGACAAUCACAAUUCUAAUUCUAGGCUCACAAAGGAUCCAUGAAUGAUCUUUCUCCAAGAUCUUUGAAAGCUGCAGAAAGUGAGGUUUAUGUCGACUAUAGUAACUUUGGAUAAAAACUGCAAAUUAUGCAAGCCAAAAGACAAAACUAAAGUUUCGUAGGUGUCAAUACAAUGGGCUUUGAAUCUCGAACUACUAUGGUUAGUCCUAGCAAUGUAAGUUUCCAAAAGAAUGUCACAACCAAUAUGCUUGCUCAAAACAGUUCAACGAUUAUCAAGAUGGAAAGCCACAAUAAUAUCAACCCUAUAAACACAAAGAGGACAAAUAUUGUCCUAGCUGAAUUUACUGACUACAAUGGUAACUUCCAGCAAAUUACAAUGCAGCUAAUGCAAAGAGUCGAAGCAGACACCAAAAAGACCUUCGAGCUAGAGGACUUCUUAUUCCAUUACAUUAAUGAAGACGGAAUAACUGUGAUGUGCAUGACAGACAAAGCUAUUUAAAAGAAAAUCGCAUUUGCCUUCCUUCAAGAUGUCAGAAAAACUUUGAUUUAGCAAUACUCACCAAGGGAACUAGAAAAUGCUAAAGCUUAUGGUCUCUCUACAUUCACGGAAAGAAUCAAAGAAAAACUGGUGUAUUAUAAUGAUAAUCCAAUCACAAUAAACGAUAAGACUGACGAGUUACUGAGAGAACUCAAUGGUCUCAAGGAUGCUAUGGUUGAGAAUCUAGAUAAGCUUAUUGAAAGAGAUGGUAAAAUUGAAGUCAUUUUGCAAAAGGCUGAAUCUCUAUCAGUAUACUCAAAGACUUAUAGAGCUAAUGCAAGAAAAGCCAAGAACAAGAUGAGAAACAGAAGAAUCUUCUACGUUUUCAUGUUAAUCCUUAUUCUAGCUGUAAGAUAAUUGCAAUUUAUAAUUAUUAGCUUGUUGGAUUCUUUAUCGCUGUCAUAUCGUGUGGAGGAUUUGGGUUUAGCAAGUGCUGAAUAAGCAACAUACUCAUAAGUACUUGAAAAAUCGAUUUGA